ACUGUUCAGUAUCUCCCAUAACCGACAUGAUAACAGAGGUUACCGCAAAAGUUGGCUCCCCAGCUGUCGAGAUUUAUUUUGUUGAUAGUGGACCUGUAUCUGGAUCUGUCGACUACACCACACUCGUAAUAUGGCACGGAGCAGCUUUUAAUGGAAACAUUUUCCGUAAAUUGUUACCUCUGGCUGGAGAUUAUAACCUCCGCAUCAUUAUCCCCAACCGACGAGAAUACUUUGGGUCUAACACAAAGUACACCGAUGCAGAGAUGGAAGACCUUGUGGCAGGUCGGAGCAUCUUCCUCAAAAGACUUGGCUUGCAGGUGGCUGAUUUUUUGAUAUACCUCACGACGACAUACGACAUACCAAAGUUCGCUACCGAUCGCAAGUCUGGGGGAAUAGUAAUCAUACCUUGGUCUAUUGGCAAUGCCACCCCUUUAGCUCUACUGGGACACCCUGAUUUUAUCCCGAAAGAGCGUUACAUCCAGCUUGAGCCUUACCUGAAGGAUUUCGUAAUGUAUGAUCCACCUCAUUUUUCAUUCGGCUAUCCAAUACCAUCAGACGUAGAGAUAUACGAACCUUGGACCGAUCCAGAUUGUGCCACUCCUGAGGAACUUGUACAGAAUUUUCAUUACUGGGUCAGCUCGUACUUUGAUCAUCCAGGUCUAGCUUCCGGUUCCUUCAGUGGUCUUGACUUUCGCAAGCGUGGGGAACGCUCUUCUGUCACCAACAUGACCCAAGAAGAUAUCGCAGCUGGGUACGAUGAGGCGGCAGCAGCUCGAACCGACCUUCCCAUGUUUUCCAGCGCAAUGCAGGUUAAUGUCGCUGGUCAAGCACAGCCACCUGGCACUGCGCGUGGAGCUACAUAG